AUGCAGAGAGCAUGCAUCUCCGAGAAUCAGCCAUGGCAUCUCCAUGGCGUAAGCUUCAUAGGCUUUCUGUCUCUCCUUGGAAUAUUCUUUCCUCUCCUGAAAUGGUUCAACACGAGAUUCCUCCUCACAGACCCCAAGCGGCUGACGCGUUACGGCUCGUGGGCUAUGGUCACUGGAGCCACCGACGGGAUCGGACGCGCCUUUGCUCACGAGCUGGCCAAACACGGCCUUAACCUCAUCCUAGUCAGCAGAAACCCUUCGAAGCUCGCUUCUGUCUCCGAUGAUAUCCGACAAGAGUUUCCCGACAUCAAGAUCAACAUCAUUCCCUUUGACUUCUCCUCCGAAGGAGGAUAUGGGGCAAUCGAGGAGGGUAUCAAAGGCGUUGAAGUUGGGAUUCUGAUAAACAAUGUUGGGAUAACUUAUCCACGAGCCAUGUUCUUCCACGAGGUUGACCAACUCACAUGGACCAACAUUCUCAGGGUUAAUCUUGAAGCCACCACUUGGGUUACACGAUCUCUCAUCGGACAAAUGCUUCACCGCCGCCGAGGAGCAAUCGUCAAUAUUAGCUCCGGCGCCGCCGUUGUUGUCCCUUCUCAUCCUCUCUACGCCAUCUACGCGGCCACCAAAGCUUAUGUUGAUAAACUAUCAAGAUCUCUACAUGUGGAAUAUAAGCAGUUUGGUAUCGACGUCCAGUGCCAGGUGCCGUUAUACGUGGCAACAAGGAUGGUGUCAGAAGUAGCAGCCAUAGAUAAACCAAGCUUCUUUAUACCGUCGCCGGAAGUCUACGCAAAAGCGGCGGUGGAGCAGAUCGGAAUUGGAUCACGAUGCUCGCCGUUUUGGGCUCAUUCCCUUCAAUGGUUUCUCGCCGGACUUCUGCCGGAUAGCCUCCUUGAUACUUGGCGUCUCUCUAUCGGACUUCGUAGAAGAAGUUUAUCUUAA